UCCUAUGUUGCAACUGUUUUAUCUUAUUUUUUUAAUCACAACCCGUGUGUCAUUACUUGUACCACUUUACAGCAACUUGUUACAUCUCCAGGCUUCACGGUUACAGCGCGAACAACGUGAAAGUUACAUGGACUUGGAACUUGGACAACUUUUAGCGUGGCUUUUGAGGAGUUUGUCACGUAGUUGUUGUGGAUUACUGACAAAGUAAAGGACAUUUGGCAGCUUACUAUUGUGGAAGGCGUAAGAGUUUUUGUCAUCAAUAUGGGGAGCAAAGCGCUUCACGCACCAAUUCCACUGCACCCGGCGCUGCAGCUCACCAACUACUCGUUCCUGCAGGCUGUCAACGCGUUCCCGGCGGACCAGUUGCAGGGGCUGUACGGCCUGAGCGCGGUUCAGACUAUGCACAUGAACCACUGGACUCUAGGCUACCCACACAUCCAGGGCCUGCGGUCCACCAUUACCGAGAUGGCAGCAGCGCAAGGGCUCAUGGACCCUCGUCUCCCUUUUCCCGCGCUGCCCUUCACAGCCGCAGCCCAACUCUUUCAUCCCAAACAAGGUGUGAGUGCGCACGUCGUGCAAUCGCUACAUAAGGACAGACCGAGGUUUGAUUUCGCCAAUCUGGCCCUGGCCGCGACGCAGGAGGACCCACCAAAAGCUGCUAGUCUGGCCAAGUUGACUUCAGGAUUGGGGGGCGCAAUCUCAGAGCUGAGCAAGCUUUCCCCGGAUAGAAAGCCCACGCGAGGCAGGCUCCCGUCCAAGACUAAAAAGGAAUUUAUUUGCAAGUUCUGCGGAAGGCAUUUCACUAAGUCGUACAACCUGCUUAUCCACGAGCGGACCCACACUGACGAGCGGCCAUACACCUGCGACAUUUGCCAUAAGGCUUUCCGGAGACAGGACCACCUCAGGGAUCACAGAUAUAUUCACUCCAAGGAAAAACCAUUCAAAUGUCAAGAAUGUGGAAAGGGAUUCUGUCAGUCUCGGACUCUAGCCGUUCAUAAAACCUUGCACAUGCAGGAGUCUCCCCACAAAUGCCCCACAUGCGGAAGAACCUUUAAUCAAAGAAGUAACCUGAAAACUCACCUUCUCACCCAUACAGACAUCAAGCCCUACAGCUGUGGCCGCUGCGGAAAGGUGUUUCGGCGCAACUGUGACUUGCGACGGCACAGUUUGACGCACAGCCCACUCCAGGACUACUAGCCUGCAUGGACAGACUAAACGUGCAAAGGACAAAGCAGCAGCUUUGCAUUUUGGUCAAAGACAUUAUCCAAAUCCGGACUGCACUGUUUACUGCAGAGAUCUGAUUCAACAACGGAGCAUCUUUUACCUGUAAAUAUCUAGAACAUGUACAUAAUGUUUUCCAUGUUUUUUUGUCUUUUAAAUAAUACAGCUUAAACUAUGUUAAAUUGUAUUGUAG